UUCAUAAAUACUUUCCUCGUAAAAUUAUGAGUAUAUAAAGGUAUUUACGCGAACGUUUAAAGCCAGUUGCGAGUGCAAGGCACUGCUAGUUCUAGGGACGUUCCCGGGGACAAGUUUGCACACUGUACGCGCGUCCUUUGGCCAACAUGAGUUGCACUUUCAGCGGAUUACCACAGUGUCCGAAUCCCUACGCUGGAGGGCCUCAGCUCACCGAGGUUUGCGCCGCGAAUUCGGCCACCGCUUUCAUAGCGCUGCUCAAUUCUCUUCUGAUUGUAAACACGAAAAUCAACGAUCCAUGCGGCCGUGUCCAAUCAGUCCCCGCACCGGCUGCCGAGUACGAUUUCAUCGUGGUGGGCGCUGGAGCUGCUGGUCCCGUGGUGGCUUCGAGAUUAUCGGAGAUAAGCAAUUGGACGGUCCUGCUGGUCGAAGCUGGCCCAGACGAGCCAUCCGGAGCAGAGGUGCCGAGUUUUUUUCAGCUCUUCCUAGGAAGCAGACUGGACUGGAAAUACUACACGACCAACGAGACCGCCGCCUGUCUAAGCACGAAUGGCAGUUGUUCCUGGCCGCGAGGUAAAAACUUCGGAGGAUGCACGGUCCACCACGGUAUGGCCUACCAUCGAGGUCACGCCAAGGACUUCCAAAACUGGGUGGACAUGGGCAACGAGGGAUGGUCCUGGGACGAGGUCCUGAAGUACUACAAGAAAUCAGAGGACAACAGAGAGAUUGGCAGAGUCAGCGCCAAGUACCACGCCACUGGUGGACUCUUGACAGUGGAAAGAUUCCCUUGGCAGCCUGAGUUCACCAACGCCAUCAUGGAGGCCGCAGAGGAGGUAGGAUUCGGUAUCACCGAAGACAUGACCGGCGACAAGAUUACCGGAUUCACGGUUGCUCAGACCAUCAGCAGAAACGGUGUCAGGCUAAGCAGUGUCUCUGCAUUCAUCAGACCUUUCACCCAUCGCAAGAAUCUCCACGUAGCUUUGAACGCCAUGGUCACGAAGAUCACGACCAAGGAGAAGAAGGCAACUGGCGUUGAAUUAGUAAUGAAUGGGAAAAAGUACUUUGUCAAGGCGAAACGAGAGGUGAUCGUGUCUGGAGGCACGAUAAACUCCCCUCAGCUGCUGCUUCUGUCAGGAAUAGGACCGAGUAAGCAUUUGUUGGAAGUAGGUGUUCCCGUCGUUCACGACCUACCAGGCGUCGGUGAGAAUCUUCACAAUCAUCAGUCCUACGGAGUAGACUUCACCUUGAAUCAGCAGUACUCCGCGGAGCUGAACGAUGGAAGCGCGUCGCAAUAUCUGUACAAUCAGACUGGACCAAUGUCUGCCACGGGCUUGGCCCAGGUGACUGGUAUCCUGGCUUCCAACUUCACGACUCUAGACGACCCUGACAUCCAAAUCUUUUUCGCUGGCUAUCAAGCCAUAUGCCGUACCAAGUUAGCCGUCGCCGACUUACAAGGGGAUGGUAAUAAUAAGACCACCGUCAGAUUCUCAGCAGUCAACCUGCAUCCUCACAGCAGAGGUCGCAUCACGCUCAAGGAUAAAAAUCCUUUCACCCAUCCAAACAUCUGGAGCAACGAUCUCGGCACCGAACACGACGUCGAUGUGGUAUACCAGGGACUUGAAAACAUCUUCAAGCUGGCUAAUUCGACAGCGAUGAAGAAACGCGGCUUGAAAUUAAAGCACGAGCCCACAAAAGAGUGCAGCAAACACGAAGUAGGUAGCGAGGAUUACUGGAAGUGCGACAUUCAUUGGAACACAAGACCGGAAAACCACCAAAGUGGCACUUGUAAGAUGGGUCCAGCCUCUGAUCCAAUGGCGGUGGUCGAUCCUCGAUUGAGGGUUCACGGAGUGAAAGGACUGAGAGUGGUCGAUGCCUCCAUCAUGCCACAAGUUAUAUCUGGUAAUCCUCAUGCUCCGAUCGAUAUGUUUGGAGAAAAGGCUGCAGACAUGAUCAAGGAGGACUGGGAAGCUAUCUAGCAAAAAUAUCGAUGGUUAACAUAAUACUAUGAGAACGUGCAACUGUGAAUACUAUAAAUAUUACCGACGCGAGGUUGAGAAAUCAGCCUCUAAAUCAUUUUCAAUCAAUAAUUAUACGCUUUAUCUAUAAAUA